CUUUCUAUGUCCUUCACAAUGAACCUAUUAAAAUCUUCUGGAUUGUCCAAGUAGAGGUGAUGUCCUGAAGUUUCCUCAUAUUUGACGUCAAAACCUAAAUUUUUCAUCUUUUCAAAUGCUGCUUCACCACCAUCAACCCAAUCAACUGAGCCGUGCAUAAACGUUACCGGGAUUCUUUUAUCCAGUUUUUCAAUCCUAUCUAUGAGUGGUAAUCUAGCAUACGCUCCAAAACUUAAUAAAUGCGUAAUCGAAUACUCGGAUGAAGCCUUACGGACACUUAUCGAGUAGAUGUAAUGGUACAAAUCUCUUUGUAAAUCAUCUGAGAGUGUACUAAACCGCCUCAAACUGUAACUACUAACUAACAUUGGUCCAAAGAAGAAACUCUUUCUUAAAAUAUCAAAUGGAGAGAAAUUCCUAUCCUCCCAUAAAUACCUUAUUACGCUUUUGAGUGCUUUGCGGGUACGCGUUUCGGGCAUAUCAGAAAAUUCGUGGGUGCGAGAUUGUGAUUCAGCUUGUGCAAGGUCCUUAUUUAGUGAUUCAGCUCUAACACUUUCAGGAUUUUUUGGGAAACCGAUAGGUGAGACCAAUAUUAGCUUCUUAACAUGUUCUGGAUACUUCAAUGCGUAGACUGUGCUAAUGUAACCACCCAAACUGUGACCGAUCAAAAUCAUCUUGUUGAUUCCCUGUGCCUUCCUCCAAGCUUCUAAGGCAUCUGUGAAGAAGUCUUCAGCCUGACCAACUCUCUUUUCAACCGGUUGUGAAGUGUUUAUAUGCGGGAAUUUGACCCUCUCUGAUAAUCCCAUUCCUAAAACAUCCAUACCAUAGAACCUGGUCUUUGGUAUAUUACCCAAAGCAUGUAAGUUGUUCAAAAAGAAGAAAGUUGCUACGAAUGAUAAGUUGAUGACGUAAGUGUAUAAAGUGACCAACCUGCUGCAUAACCGUGACUACAAACAAUCGGGAUCUCUUCCGCUGGGUUAGGUUUAGGGUAGCUACCAAUUUCAAGGGUAUUUAUCUUCACAGGAUUGUCGAAACUCGGGUGAUUUAUAUCUACCAAUGAAGUAUACGCAACUCUCUUCGGAGUAUCAAUAGAAGGUAAAUCUUCCUUGUUCACUUUAUCAAAUGGCAACUUUGCAAACAUUCUCUCUUGUGAUUUCAAUCCAUCAUCGUCUGUAUAAGACCACCAAGCUUUGAAAGAUUCUUUUAAAGUGCGUGGUACUUCUAAAACUGCUUCUGGUAUAGCGUCUACCAUUUUAAUUCUAAUAAAUCUGUUAAUCUUGCCUUAUCACUCUUGAUAGAGAACGUUCAAGAUGUCUAAAUCUAAAUACGAUCUAAUUGUUAGAACGAGAUAUCAGAAUCCUAUACCUGCACCGAAAUUUGGACCAAAGUUGAUAAACUUAGAACCAAGCUUGGAAAGACUAUCUGAGUAUGACUUCAGCGCACCUUUAGUAGCAGAGCAACCACAUCCUAUGAUAGUCGACGCGGAAUCCGGUAUGCCCCUACAGCUGCAACAAUUCGCUGAACUUUGGGAUGACGAAGACGAAGAAGAUCAACUCGAGUUAAACCCGAAGGAGGAAGUUGAACUAGAUGAUGAAGAUUUAGAUCUAUUAGUUGACCCUUCACAAAUAUCCAAUCAACGUUCAGCUAACACUUCAGGUGCAUCCACACCAAUAGAUAGGACCUCAAAUUCCUCUAACACAGCUUGGUUAUAUAAAUCUAAAUAUAGUAAUAACACAGAUUUAAAUGAAAAGCGUAUUACACACAAUAGGGCCGCUUUAAAUCGUCUGAAGUCUCAAGAAGUUAAGGUUUUCGAUGAUUCUCCAGAAGGCAGAGCACAAGAAAUUGAAUCAACCUUCAGAUUCGAACCAACAUCAGUUCAUCAAUUGGAUGACAAAGAAUUAUCUGAAAUUAAACAUCCACAGAAGAAGCACCUCAAAGCAGUUGAUACUUACGAUUUCUUACCUGAUUUCGAGACUUUCGCUAAUGAUUAUUUCAUUAUGCGUUUCGCUGAUGAUCCUUCAGAUCGUAACACCAGCUCUGAUCCACGUCUUCAUAAUGGUAUACUCAGACCUAGAUAUAAUGAGCAAGGUGAAACUUGGUUACAAUAUUAUUUACCUGAGAAUGAUGAACAGUAUACCCUUUUAAGAUCAAAACUUGAAUCAGAUUCCUUACCAGAGAAUAUUGAAGAACAAGAAAGAGUUAUUUAUAAUUAUAUCAGGGAGUACAACAUCACAAAUGAACAAAAAGAUAUGACAGAUUUGUUGUUGAUGUUUGAUGAUGGUUUAAGCAAACAGCCAGGUUCAUCUAUUGUCAAUUCAUCACUUGCUUCUGCUAGACCACGUGGAAAAGGUGUUUACUAUAAGAAUAUGCCUACUAGAAUGACUCUCAAAAAGCGUAGGCCCAAGGAUGAAGAAGAUGAAGAGAAAUGGGAUAAAAUCCAACUUGGUUUAGAACCACUGAAUGAGGAAGAGGUAAACGAUAGAAUAAGUGUGGAAGACUAUUUCAUGCCUGGAGGAGCACAGCGUGCGGUAGCAAAGAAAGAAGAAGAAAAGAGAAUAGAAGAAGCUGAAAAAGAAGAAGAGAAAUUACGCAUAAAAGCUGAAAAGAUUCAACAAAAGCAAGAGGUUGAAAGGGAGCGUAAAGCAGCUAUGGAAGAACAAGCCAGAAAGGAAGAAGAGGAGAAGGGCUCUGCAGCCCUCAAAGAGAAGUCUGAUGAAAGUGAUGAUGAAGACUUUGCAGAUAAGCAUGAUAAAGACGAAGAUAAGUCAGACGCUGGUUCUGAUAAUAUGAACAAAGAGGUUGAACGAGAUGGCUCGGGAUCACCAGAGAGCGAUAAUGAAAAUGAUAAAUUUAACAAUGAAGCAGUCAGCAAAGAGAUUGAUGAAGCUAUUAGUAGGGAGGUUGAUCAAAGGCAAGGCUCAAACCCUACCAGAGAGGUCGACAAUGGCGACAAUGAAAGUGAUGUACAGAAAGACGCCAAUGUUGAUGAUUCACAAGAUGUCGAAAUGAAAGCAGCGACGCCACCAAUUGAAGAAUCUCCAAAAGACGUUACAUCAACUGAAAAUGCUGAGACAAGCAAAGAGAACGGUGAUAGCCAAAUGGAGGAUGUACAAGAAAGUGAUAAGCAAGCAGCACAAGAGAAUCCUGUACCAGCUAUUUCGGAUGAAAGUGUACAAAAAGCCGGAUCACCAAAAGAUACUCUGAAAGAAGCAACGGCAGGAAUAUCAGAGAGUGGAGAUAAGCCAUCUGCACAUGAUUCUCAACCAGAACAGCAAGCCAAUGCAUAAGUUUAAGAAAUAUAUAUAUAUUGUAAUCUGUUUUAAAAUCAGCAUAUAACGUGUUUUUCAU